AUGGCGUCAAAGGACCGUCCCGCUUGGCAGCCGACACGUCGCUUUCCAAGGUCCCUGGUACCGGAUACUCGGGCUCUCGUCACCGCCCCGACCUUCGCUGCCCUAGUCUUGGCUCGCAUGCAGCCGAAUCAGUCCACGAGCAAGUCCAGCCAUCAUUUACCAGUCUGGCGGUUCAGCAGGUUUCGAAAGAGUUCUGUGCAAGCAAACGCUUGA